AUGAAGGCCUUCACUCUGCUGACCAUCCUCGGCGCCGCCGCCGCCGACCUCGUCCAGACUGGCGCGUCUUUGCGGCUCAACGACGUGUACUACUUCGUCUCUCCCUUCUCCCAAGGCAAUCCCUCCAAUGGCUCUCUCAACAUCAAGUCGCUCCCUCGCGCCUUUGGCUUCACCCCAGUCACCGUCGUCUCCGACCCUGUCCCCAAGGACAGCCUCGCGGCCCUCUUCUCCAACUGGACGGCCAAAGACGACGUCUGGCAGCCGGCCUUCCUGAGCGCCAUCUUCCUCGCCGGCGCCACCACCACGUGCCUGACAAAGGCCAGCUACGACGGCAGCAACAAGACGCAGUCCAUCGUCAUCCCGCUCUCCUCGGGCCACGGCAUCCCUUCCGGCCCGUACUUCCUGGACACCCAUACCGGCGACCUCUACCAGGCCUUUCGCCUAUACGACGACUUCGCCGGCGCCUUCUCCGAGUCCCUGCUGCAGACCCCGGAGGGAACGUUCCAGACCCUCUCGGCCCAGGUGCCGUCCUCGGCGUCGCUGACCAUCGGCGUCCCGUCCCGGCUCUACUUCACGCCGACGGCCGAGAAGCCCCUCGCCGGCGUCCGCGUCGGCGUCAAGGACAUCUACGCCCUCGCCGGCGUGCGCGGCUCCAACGGCAACCGGGCUUGGUACUCCCUCUACCCGCCGGCCUCGGCCACGGGCCCGGCCAUCCAAAACCUUAUCGACGCCGGCGCCGUCGUCGUCGGCUACCAGAAGCCCUCGCAGUUCGCCAACGGCGAGACCGCCACCGCUGACUGGGUAGACUAUCACGCGCCCUUCAACCCGCGCGGCGACGGCUACAACGACCCCUCGUCCUCCUCCUCGGGCGCCGGCGCCUCCGUCGCCUCGUACCCCUGGCUCGACAUCGCCGUCGGCAGCGACACGGGCGGCUCCAUCCGAGGGCCCUCCAACGUCCAGGGCCUGUUCGGCAACCGCCCGUCCCACGGCCUCGUCAGCCUCGACGGCGUCAUGCCGCUGUCCCCGACGCUCGACACCCCGGGCUUCCUGACGAGGGACCCGUACAUCUGGGACGAGGCGAACAAGGCGCUGUACGGCGCCAACUACACCUCCCUCGCCGGCGCCGACGUCCCCGUCGAGUACCCCAAGACGCUCUACACGGUCGACUUCCCGACCGGCAGCGGCGGCGACAGCGACACGCCCGCCGCGCAGAUGCUCAACGGCUUCGCGCGCGACCUCGCCGCGUUCCUCGGCGCGGACCUCACCCCGUUCAACCUGUCGUCGUCCUGGGCCGCGUCGGCGCCCGAGGCCGUGAGGAACCAGACGCUGACGGACGUCAUGGGCCUCACGUACGCGACGCUCAUCACCAAGGAGCAGACGGCCCUCGUCCGCGACCCCUUUUACGCCGACUACGCCGCCGCCCAUGAUGGCCGCCUCCCCUUCGUGAACCCCGUCCCCAUCGCCCGCUGGGCCUGGGGCGACAGACAGCCCGCCACGGCGCUCGCCGACGCAAAGGCCAACAAGACGCUCUUCGCCGAGUGGUUCAACACUCAGGUCCUCCCCCCGGCGGCCGUCGUCAACUCGACGACGACGACGACGACGUGCUCCUCGGGCCUCCUCCUGUACAUCGGCAGCGCCGGCUUCGCGAGCCCGCGGAACCGGUACCCGUCCAGCCCGCCGGGGGCGCCGCCGAUGGGCUUCUCCAACGGUCGGCUCAGCGUCUUCAGCGGCGCGCCGGACCACGUCUUCCCGCUCGGCGAGGUCGCCGGCCCGAGCUCCGUGACGAACCACACCGAGGUGCUCCCCGUGACGGUGGACAUCAUGGCGGCCCGGGGCUGCGACGGCCUGCUCGUCAGGCUGGCGCAGGACCUGGUCGGGGCCGGGUUGUUGAAGGUCCCCGAGGCCGGGGGCACGCUUGCCGGGGGCGAAAUCCUCAUGAGAAGGGAUGUGCACGAAUGGUUGUGA